AUGUUCCAGUUCAUACGUCGUGUUUCGACUUCAUUUCUGCCACGCCCAGAUCGGCCCUGGAGAGAUGACGCAACGUCUAAUGCACCCACGAUAGGUCGAAAGAGGCGCUUCAGCUUCGUUGAGGAUGACGACGACGAUUCUACUUCUACGGGUAUCAAGAAACUUAGGGGGGACUCCGUGCAGGCUGAAGGCAGCGCCCCUCCAAUAGCAGCAGUUCCGGAUCAGAAGGAGGGAGAGGAUGUUAAGUCAGUGACGCAGGGGGUAGAGGACGUGGAAUUAGAGGAUAAGAAUAAGAAGGUGGACACAUCCCCCGGCCCUGAGGAGAUUCCUUUGCCAGAUUCUCCCGGUGGAACCCCACAACUAGAUAUAAACCCAAUGGAAGAAGCGGUCACGGGUCCAGAGGAGGAGGCUGAAGAGAAAGGCGCCCAAGAUGACUCGGACACCGAUUCGGUUGCUUCUUCAUCUAAAGUGGUUGUGGACGAGGAACAGCCUGAGGAUGAUUCAAAGGAUGAUACCAAGGCACCUCCUACCUCAAUAGCUGUUUCCGUUGAGGAUGCACCUACCGCCGAAGGCACACCUACUUCCGAUGAUACCCCAGCACCCACAGAGACCAAUGUAUGA